AUGAGCUAUGGUAUCUUCCAAGAAUACUACAUCAAACACUGGACUCUUCAAGGCAGCCAUGAUUUGACUGGUAUCAUCGGCAUGACUUCGAAUGGAGUCAUGUACCUAUCCAUGCCUUUCCUCUUUGCCCUAUUUACCAAGCGUUGGGCACGGUAUCGCCAGACUGCAGCUUUGCUGGGCACCACUAUUGCUUGUAUCAGUUACUUGCUAUCGAGCUUCAGCACCAACGUCUGGCAUCUGGUGUUCACACAAGGCGUGUUUGCCGCGUUCGGAUCAGCUCUGGUAUUUAGUCCGAUGACGCUGUCAUUGGGUGAAUGGUACAAGACGAGCCAUCGGGCGUUGGCUUAUGGUAUUACACUCUCCUGCAAGAACAUUGUCGGCUCAGUAUGUCCCUUCCUGUUCUCAGGGCUUCUGGAUCAGCAUGGCUUCCGCUUCACGCUCAGGAUCUGGGCAGUCUUGGUCGCUGGCACAAGUGUGUUCACGAUCCUUCUAAUUCCAACUCAGUUCUCUGCAUUGUCCAUAGCGACACAAGAUGACACGAACGCCGUAGACUCUGAGCAAGACGCAAGAGGAUCAACAGACACAAUUAGAACGCGCAAGAUACCCUGGCACUUCCUGCAUCACCGGACCAUCUACAUUUACUGCGUAGCGAUCGUUUUGCAAUCCGCUGGUUACGGAAUACCACAGACAUACCUCAACACCUACGCCAGCGAGGUCGCUCAACUCUCACAAACUUCUGCAACUCUGUUACUCACGCUAUUCAACAUUCCUGGCAUUGCCUCAUCCUCGUUCUUUGGUUACUUGAGUGAAAAUAAGCAUUUUACACUCUCGGCCACAACGGUCACCUGUAUCUCAGGAUUGAGCUCGGCAUUGAGCGCUUUCCUUCUUUGGGGUCUCACAACUCAAGGCGAUUUGGCGACGUUGGUUCUCUUCUCCAUUAUUUUUGGCUUCUUCGCUGGAGGGUAUAGUGCGACGUGGGGAGGUUUGAUGAAUGAUCUUGAGAGUGAGGCUAGACAAUCAAACGAAGCCAUAGACUCGGGUAUGGUUUAUGGCUUGCUAAACGGCGCCAGAGGUAUCGGGUAUGUCGCUGGUGGCUUGAUUGGCGUGCCAUUACUGAAAGCUGGUACCGAGAAGUAUGGUGGCAUCGCUGGCAGUGGGUUCGGAGUCCAGUCGAGCUAUGGGCCGCUCAUCAUAUUCACCGGGCUAGCAUCGGUGUUUGGUGGGUGGGGCGCUUUGUGGAACUGGAAAAAUGCAGGCUGUCACGGUGUUGAAUGCUGGUUGCACCAAGUUCAGCGAGGCAUCUCUGCGCCCCCACGUUCCAAGGGUAUAGCCGAAGGAAUGCAUAGUAUUUCCCGGAAAGAAGUUGUCGUGACAAGAAUAUAUUAA